GCUAUGCUUGCGGGCGAAGAUUGGUGGCUGAUAUCAUGGCGCCCGGGGAAGUACAUCAUGGACCUGGACUACCGAGCCUCGGAGAAUUUUAUAGACGUGGCGGAUCGCGCUUUCCGCGAGUUGCGGCCUGACGUGACUCUGCGGCCGAACUAUUUCAGAAAUAUCUAAGGACAGGGCGCCGAGCUAGAGGCUGUAGAGGAG